AUGGAUUUGGCAUAUGAUGAGCACACUGGCACUUAUGAAAAAGAUCAAUCCAAUGAUCCUCCAAGACCUGAAAAUGCCAGACAGUUGUUGUUUGACACCUGGGUUAAAGCACAUUGCUGGUACAAAAUGCAACCAUUGGAUCAUAUCAGAGAUUACUUUGGAGAGAAAAUUGGAAUCUACUUUGCUUGGUUAGGUUUCUACACAUGGAUGUUGCUCCCAGCAGCCAUCAUGGGCCUUGUUUGUGUGAUUUAUGGACUUGUCAGACUGGAGUCUUACAUUCCUGUGAAAGACAUCUGUGAUACGUCUAAGAACUUUCCCAUGUGCCCUCGCUGUGACAAACGCUGUCCCUACUGGCCUUUAUCGGACACAUGCAUCUAUUCAAAGGUGGCUUACGUUUUUGACAAUGAGUUUACUGUGGUUUUUGCCAUUUUUAUGUCGAUUUGGGCCACCAUGUUUCUUGAGUUUUGGAAGAGGCGGCAGGCAGAGAUUGCUUACGAAUGGGAUCUAUUGGGAUAUGAGGACGAAGAGGAACAACCUCGUCCCGAGUACGAGGCAGUAGCGAUGGAGACCCGUUUGAACCCCAUCACGAAAGUGGAAGAGCCUUUCAUAUCGCUUGGGAGGAAAGUGCCCAGAUUUAUUUGUAGUUUCAGUUUCAUCAUCUUCAUGCUGGCGCUUGUCGUCAUCGCCGUGUUUGCUGUUGUAGUAUACCGUGUUGCAGUAUACGCGGUGUUAGCCGCAAGCAGCGACUACAACAUGGGAGCUGUAAACAUGGCCACGUCCGGCACUGCAGCUCUCCUAAAUCUCAUUACCAUCAUGCUCCUCAACAAGGUUUACGAAAAACUGGCGGAGAUUUUGACACGAUGGGAGAUGCCUCGCACCCAGACGGAGCUUGAAGACAUCUUUUCAUUUAAGAUGUACCUUUUCCAGUUUGUGAACUUCUAUUCGUCACUCUUUUAUAUUGCGUUUUUUAAACUCAGCCCUGGAAGGCCAGCAGAAUUUAACAGGAUAUUUGGUUUUCGACAAGAAGAGUGUAAUCCGGCAGGUUGUUUAUUUGAGCUCUUGGUCCAGCUGGCAGUUAUCAUGGUUGGAAAGCAGAUCUUCAAUAAUUUUAUUGAAAUAAUCGUCCCAAAGCUUCAGAACUGGUGGAGACGCCGUCAGAAUAUUGAAACCCCCGACUUGACCGAAUACACACGUUGGGAACUGGACUAUGACUUGACUCAGUAUCCCGUGCACGGGUUGUUUUAUGAAUACCUUGAGAUGGUGAUCCAGUAUGGCUUUGUGACACUAUUUGUGGCCGCCUUUCCACUUGGACCGUUCUUUGCCCUCAUCAAUAACUUGUUGGAAAUUCGUCUUGAUGCUUACAAGUUUAUCGUGGUUUUUCAGCGCCCAAUGGCAGCUCGUGCGCAGGAUAUAGGAAUUUGGUACGCAAUCUUGAAAGGCGUUACGAAGAUCUCUGUGGUCGUAAAUGGCUUUGUGAUUGCCUUUGUUUCCGAAUUCGUCCCCAGACUGUAUUACACCCUAGGUGAACACAACGACAGCUUGGAAGGAUUUGUAAACCACACCUUGUCGUGUUUUGCGGUGGAUGAUUUUCCUGAGUCUGAGAGACCUUCUGGAGCUGCUGCUGUUGAGUUCCCCCUAAGAAUUAACAGUUGUGGGUUUAAUUUAUCUACCUGCAGAUUCCGAGGGUAUUAUGAACGACCAAAAAUUACAAUACUCAACACGACCCUUCCAAAUCCGAAUGCUUACAAGUUCUCGACAGCCUAUUGGCAUAUUUUGGCGGCCAAGCUGUUUUUUGUGGUUGCCUUUCUGCACAUCGUGUUCGGUAUGACGGCAAUCUUGGCUUGGAUUAUCCCCGAUGUUCCGAAGGAAGUUGACAAUCAAGUCAAGAGAGAGAACUUUCUUGCCCGCGAAGCCUUACGGUCAGCAGAUCAACAAGAUUCUGUCUCUCCAGUCCCUAGGGAAAAUUCGCGUGGCCAGGAUGAAAUGUUGUGAAAUGUUGUAGAAUGUCGUGUUUUGACAGAAAUUAUCUCGUAGUCAACGACCUGUAACUGAUAUCGGUAUAGGUAGUUAAAUUUGAUAAUACCACCGUCGCAUAUUUUGAAUAAUUUCUUGUUAGAAACGUAAGGCAAAAUUCGAAAAUCUUCACCAAAAGCCAGUGCUUGUCACAAGCUGCGUGUCAUAGCUCGCUGACCCAUACGAUUGAUAGUCUUCAUUUAUAAACUCAGUUUAAUCUUUCGAAUAGCGAAAGGUCAGUACAUGUCUGUUUUAUAUAGAAUAAAGGGUGUACGUUUUACGUCGGUGGGAGAGUAUAGCAGGUAAUUUAGUGUUAACAACUGAGUUGAAAACGUAAAUUGGCCACCGUAAAGAGUAAAAAAGCUGACAUUGCGAGCGUUAGUCCUUCGUCAGAGCGAUGGCGAAGGGCUAACGCUCGAAACGUUCUGACGAUCUGACUGAAGGGCUAACGCUCGAAACGUCAGCUUUUUUACUCUUUACGGUGGCCAAUUUACGUUUUCAACUCAGUUGUUAACACUAAAUUACCUGUUUUACAUAGAUCAGCUUUCUACUUAAAUAGUGUAAAACUUUAUAGUAAGACUAACACCGUACAAGAUUAAUAAUUUGUAUUCAUAGUUGGUUUGUGUGGUGACUUUAUAUGCGAGUAAAGUAACGUGAAAUUGCCGUAGGGAACGAACUACUUUUCUUUUGAUUCUCAGGUUCGUUUCUUUAGCCUCAACUGAAAGACCUCGAGAAUUUAGGACACUUGCUAAUACAAAGCUUUUCUAUUCCUUCAUUACUUAUCACACCUUAUGUUUACCGGCAUUGAGUGGCUUUAAGAGAAUAUCAGGUCUUUUGGUUGCUUGAGAUACAAUAUUUAUUUUUCCAAUGAAGCCAUCCAAAUACGUUGAUGCCGUGCUAAGGUAAAGGAGUAAGGAUAGAUCCAUCCCGGACUUGUUUGUAACAGUAAUCAAAAUAAACUGUUAGGCAAUACAGACUUUGUAACAGUAGUCAAAAUAAACUGCUAGGCAAUACAGACUUUGUAACAGUAAUCAAAAUAAACUGCUAUGCAAUACA